AUGAAUAAUUCGGAUAAUGUUGCGCUACCAGUGCAGUUGCUACGGCUUGCAAGAAACUGCUCCUAUCCAACGGUAGUGCACUGUCACCUCGGCAUCAGCCGAUCCGCAACAUUGGUUGCUGCAGAGAUAUGUAUUGCUUCCUUGCUCAAAGGGCCGUCCUACAGUCACUGCGUGCAGAAGGCAGUGCAGUUAUUGCGCUCGCAGCGUCCGUUUUGCAUUGAGACGCCGAUGCAGUACAUAUUCGUGCAUCGAGUCGUGCAAAUGUUUCUACGCGACUACGUUGGGGAUCCGACUGGCUUUCAUCUGGAUUACAAGCACUGGAUAGAAGCACGCGCAACCAGACCGUUCAUCGAUGACGUCGAUCAGGCGAUACCAGGAUACCGACUUUUGUCGCCGCGCGUUGAUCCAGACCUAAUCGCGCUGACACGACAUCGCGAACGACCGGAUUAUCGUCGUGAAACACAUGACUGUGUAGGGCAGAUGCCAAUUCCGCUAGAAGACAAUCCAGAAAAACGCUUUGAAGAGCUACAGCUUACAAAGCGAUAUCCAAGAGGCAACCGAUAUGACUGA